AUGUUCGGCGUCUUCAUCCCCUCGCGCCCGGUGAUUCCGGAAAUGAGCACGGUGUCAGCGACCCAAUUCGCGAUCUCGAUCCCAACGGCACCAAUUUUCCACAAUAUCGGAGUGUUCCUGCAUCCGAAUCAGCUCCUCCCCGCCGACAUGGCCGCCGGAGUCUACAUGCAGCUGCCUGGCGCUCAGGGGUUCCAGUUCCUCGGGGCGAUUGCGAAUGAGAAACCAUCAGCCUUGUUCAAGGUCAACCUGACACCACAGGCCAUCAACAGCGGCGGAGAAAUCAACCUAGGCAUCUCGGUGGAGCCGGUGCAGAACAUCCAGGUCCAGAUGGCUCAGCUCCAGCAGCAGCAGCAAGGGUCUAACAGCGGCGGGAAAUCUGGAACCGCAGCGCCGGAUACCAGACUACUGGCGCAGCGGAUCAUCAAGAAUGCAUUCAACUUCUUGGCUGGAUUUGCAGGGAACACGGCUAACGGCAUUGAAGUCGUGCCCUUGAAGAGCUUCCAGGACUGGUGGACCAAGUUCGAGCGACGUGUGCAGAAUGACCCGGCUUUCUUGGAGAGGGACGAGGAUUGA